AUGGGCCUCUUGGAGAAAACCAGGGACACAGCAGCGCAAGACAAUACUCCCAACGAAUACUCUCCAUACAGGGCUGACAGCGGCUAUGGCUGGGCGGAGGCCCUGCCCAAGAAGCAGGGUCUAUAUGACCCAGAGCUGGAGAAAGAUGCCUGUGGUGUAGGCUUCACUGCCCACAUCAAGGGAAAGGCAAGCCAUAAGAUAGUCAGUGAUGCACGAGGUUUACUAUGCAACAUGACCCAUCGAGGAGCAGUUGGCUCCGACGCUCGAGACGGCGAUGGUGCCGGUGUCAUGACGAGUAUCCCGCACAAAUUCAUCACAAAGCACUUUGCCAGGGAUAUUGAUGUUGUUCUACCACCAUUGGGACAAUAUGCUGUGGGAAAUCUCUUUUUCAAGCCUGAUCCUGUCGCCCUUAGGGACUCACAGUCCACCUUUGAGGAUCUCGCUAGAGAAUUGAACCUGCGAGUGCUUGGGUGGAGAGAAGUGCCCCACGAUUCAACGAUUCUAGGGCCAGCUGCCCUGUCCCGUGAGCCAUUCAUUUAUCAGCCUAUCGUUGUCCUUCACUCUGCAUAUGGGGAUGGCAAUGUUCCUCUUGAAACCCACUCUGAACUCUUUGAUGAGAGGCUCUUUGAGAGGCAGCUGUAUGUGCUGAGAAAACGGGCAACUCAUGUCCUUGGCCUUGCCAACUGGUUUUAUCUUUGCUCCCUGAGUAAUAAGAAUAUCGUUUAUAAGGGCCAAUUGGCUCCAGUUCAAGUUUAUGAGUACUAUCACGACCUCGUUUCAGUGGACUAUGAAGGCCACUUUGCCCUGGUUCACUCUCGUUUCUCAACAAAUACUUUCCCCUCGUGGGACCGUGCACAGCCUCUCCGAUGGGCAGCCCACAAUGGUGAAAUAAACACUCUCCGUGGGAAUAAAAACUGGAUGAGAGCGAGAGAAGGGGUACUCAAAUCAGAGAUCUUUGGAGAGGAGCUCGACUUGCUCUAUCCCAUUGUGGAGGAGGGUGGCUCCGACUCCGCGGCUUUUGAUAACGUACUAGAGUUGUUGACAAUCAACGGCGUCCUGUCUCUUCCUGAAGCAGUCAUGCUGAUGGUUCCUGAAGCCUGGCAGGAUAAUCCCUCUAUGGACGCGGAGAAGGCCGCCUUUUACGAAUGGGCAGCAUGCCAGAUGGAACCUUGGGAUGGCCCAGCUCUCUUCACAUUCUCUGACGGUCGAUACUGCGGUGCCAAUUUGGACCGUAACGGUCUUAGACCGUGCAGAUACUAUAUCACAGAUGACGACAGAAUAAUCUGCGCCUCUGAAGUCGGUGCUCUUGUCAUCGAUCAGGAGCGUGUCAUAGAAAAGGGUCGUCUGCAGCCUGGCAAGAUGCUCCUUGUCGAUACCGUGGCAGGAAGAAUCAUCGAUGAUACAGAGCUAAAGCAAACUGUUGCCAACCGCCAACCCUUCGCCAAAUGGGUCGAGUCACAGCUUCUAAGCCUGCCUAAAAUUCACCAGAAGUACAUAGAUGACAAGGUUAUCAAAGUCACACCAAAGCUAGAUGAGUUAACUGUCCAGCAAGACCCGCGUCUAAAGGCGUUUGGGUAUACUUUCGAGCAAGUGAGUUUGCUCUUGGGCCCAAUGGCUGCUGAUUCCAAGGAAGCUCUUGGUUCGAUGGGCAACGAUGCUCCUCUUGCCUGCAUUGCCCAGCAACCACGGCUCAUGUAUGAGUACUUCCGUCAACUGUUUGCUCAAGUCACCAAUCCGCCUAUUGACCCUAUCCGUGAGGCCAUCGUUAUGUCCCUAGAGUGCUACGUCGGCCCUCAGGGAAACCUGCUCGAAAUCAACGAAACACAGUGCCAUCGUCUUCAUCUUCCAUCCCCUAUCCUCUCUCUCACUGAAUUCGAUACCAUCAAAAAUAUCACCUUCCUGCACAAAGACUGGCCCGUAAGGAUCAUUGAUAUCACCUUUGACAAGUCAAAGGGGGUCCAGGGUUAUCUUGAUGCCCUCGAGAGCAUAUGUGAAGCAGCUAGUGCAGGCAUCAAGAACGGUGAUCGGGUAUUAAUUCUGUCUGAUAGAGCGACCGCUGCUGACCGGGUUCCAGUAUCUGCUCUCCUGGCUACCGGUUUAGUCCACCACCACCUUGUUCGCAAUAAAUGGCGUUCAUUAGUGGCCCUCAUAGUUGAGACUGGCGAAGCUCGUGAAGUCCAUCACAUGUGUGUUCUCGUUGGCUAUGGUGCGGAUGGUGUAUGCCCAUACCUUGCUAUUGAGUGCAUGCUCAAGAUGAACCGCGAAGGCCUCAUCCGGAAGAAACUCACUGAUGACCAAAUCGUCAAUAACUACAAACAUUCAGUUGAUGGUGGUAUUCUGAAGGUCAUGAGCAAGAUGGGUAUCUCCACCUUGCAGAGUUAUAAAGGAGCUCAGAUUUUCGAAGCCCUUGGUAUUGAUGACAGCGUCAUUGACAGAUGCUUCGUCGGAACAGCAAGCAGAAUUCGGGGAAUGACAUUCGAGGCUAUCGCUCAGGACGCCUUUGCUUUCCACGAAAAGGGAUAUCCUUCGCGACAAAUCACUGAAAUACCCGGUCUUACCGAGUCAGGAGAAUACCACUGGCGAGAUGGAGGAGAGCCACACAUCAACGAUCCAGUCAGCAUUGCCAACAUGCAAGAUGCCGUCCGCAAUAAGAAUGACAAAUCUUACGAAGCAUAUGCUAAGGCAGAAUUUGAGCAGAUUAAGAACUGCACGCUGCGCGGGAUGCUGGAAUUUGACUUUGAGCAACGAACUCCCAUUCCGGUUGAUCAAGUCGAGCCAUGGACUGAUAUCGUCCGCCGUUUUGUUACUGGCGCCAUGUCUUAUGGCUCAAUAUCCUUCGAAUCCCACUCUACCCUUGCUAUUGCUAUGAAUAGGCUAGGUGGUAAAUCCAAUACUGGCGAAGGUGGUGAGGAUGCUAGUCGCAGCAAAGUCGGAGAAAAUGGGGACACAAUGAGAUCGGCUAUCAAACAGAUUGCCUCUGGGCGAUUUGGAGUCACUUCAAGCUACCUAGCUGAUGCAGAUGAAUUGCAGAUCAAGAUGGCUCAAGGAGCCAAACCUGGCGAAGGAGGUGAAUUGCCUGGCCACAAAGUAACAGGGCCCAUUGCGCAUACCCGACACUCCACCCCUGGAGUUGGUCUGAUAUCUCCUCCACCCCAUCAUGACAUAUACUCCAUUGAGGACCUAAAGCAACUCAUAUAUGAUCUCAAGUGCUCCAAUCCUCGUGCUCGUGUUUCUGUCAAGCUCGUCUCAGAGGUUGGUGUGGGUAUUGUUGCAUCUGGUGUUGCAAAGGCCAAGGCGGACCACAUCCUCAUUGCCGGCCAUGAUGGAGGUACAGGUGCUUCCCGAUGGACUGGUAUCAAAUAUGCCGGUCUACCAUGGGAGCUUGGGUUGGCUGAAACUCACCAAACCUUGGUUCUUAACGACUUACGUGGGCGUGUCAUAGUCCAGACCGAUGGGCAGCUCAGAACUGGCAGAGAUAUUGCUAUUGCAUGUUUGCUAGGAGCUGAGGAAUGGGGAUUCGCAACUGCUCCACUGAUUGCAAUGGGAUGUGUUAUGAUGAGGAAGUGCCACCUGAACACUUGUCCCGUUGGAAUAGCUACCCAAGACCCAGUUCUCCGAGAGAAGUUCCAAGGCACCCCGGAGCAUGUCAUCAACUUUUUCUAUUAUGUCGCAAACGAGCUCCGUGCCAUCAUGGCCAAGCUUGGUUUCCGCAGUGUCAACGAGAUGGUCGGAAGAGCUGAACUUCUCAAGAUAAGAGAUGACCUAGCAUCUCCUCGCAUGCACAACAUUGACCUCUCCCUCAUCCUCACCCCUGCACAUUCCCUCAGACCUGGAGUUGCCACGUACAAUGUGAGGAAGCAGGAUCAUCGCCUCCACACUCGUCUCGACAAUAAACUUAUUGCAGAAGGGGAAUUGGCCUUAGAAAAGGGACUUCCGUGUAGAGUGGAAUGUGACAUUGUCAACACUGAUCGUGCUAUGGGCGCCACGCUCUCAUAUCAGAUCAGUAAACGAUACGGUGAGCCUGGGCUGCCGCAGGACACAAUCCAUGCCAAUAUCAGAGGGUCCGCCGGACAGUCAUUUGGAGCUUACCUUGCCCCAGGUGUUACCCUUGAGCUUGAAGGCGACUCGAAUGACUAUGUGGGCAAGGGCUUAUCUGGAGGUCGCCUAAUCAUCUAUCCUCCGCGCGGUGCUGUUUUCAAAGCAGAGGAAAAUAUCAUCAUCGGGAAUGUCUGCUUGUACGGUGCCACCAGUGGAAGCUGCUACUUCCGUGGCGUUGCCGCUGAGAGGUUUGCUGUCCGUAACUCUGGUGCCACUGCUGUUGUUGAAGGAGUGGGUGACCAUGGUUGCGAAUACAUGACAGGUGGUCGUGUAUUGAUCCUUGGAUCCACGGGAAGAAAUUUUGCUGCUGGUAUGUCCGGUGGUAUUGCAUAUGUCCUUGAUACAGCUGGGGAUUUCGAGCAAAAGGUCAACAUGGAGAUGGUUGAGCUUUCUGGUGUCGAUAAUCCGGCUGAAAUCGCAUUCCUGCGUGGUCUCAUUGAAGACCAUCAUCACUACACUGGGUCUGAAAUUGCCGCCAGAAUCUUGAUCGAUUUCAACAAGGCCUUAUCGCACAUUGUGAAGGUGCUGCCAACUGACUAUAAACGAGUGCUUGAGGAGGAAGCGGCUAAAAUCGAGGCUGCCAAGAAGCUGGAGACUGCGCAUCCAAGUUCUAGUCAAAAUGCCGUGGUGAAACCUCACGAGAAGGCAGAACACAAACACCAAGGGGAUCAUCAAGCUAGUGCCGACGUUCUGGAUAUUGAAGAUAGUAUCGGCGAUGCUAAAACAGAGAAAAAGCGCACAGCUUUGAUCUUAGAUAAGACCAAAGGCUUCAUGAAGUAUGCUCGGCGUCAUGAAAAGUACAGAAGCUCGAAAACACGUACUCGAGACUGGCAGGAACUGUCACCCAGACUUACAGAGGAUGAGCUGAAAUAUCAAUCCGCUAGAUGUAUGGACUGUGGCGUUCCAUUCUGUCAAUCUGACACCGGUUGCCCUAUUUCCAAUGUCAUUCCAAAGUGGAAUGAGCUUGUAUUCCAGAACCAAUGGCAAGAUGCACUCAACCGGUUGCUCAUGACAAAUAAUUUCCCCGAAUUCACUGGGCGCGUUUGCCCUGCUCCAUGUGAAGGCGCUUGUGUCCUUGGAAUUGUUGAUGAUCCAGUUGGUAUCAAAUCAAUCGAAUGUGCAAUUAUUGACCGAGGUUUUGAGAUGGGCUGGAUGGUUCCAAAACAACCUCCAACCCGUACAGGAAAAUCUGUUGCAAUUAUCGGCUCAGGCCCAGCUGGCUUGGCUGCGGCUGAUCAACUCAAUCGUGCCGGACACAGUGUGACCGUAUACGAGCGAGCAGACCGCAUUGGCGGUUUACUGAUGUAUGGCAUUCCAAACAUGAAGCUGGACAAGAAGGUUGUGCAAAGACGCGUUGAUUUCAUGGCUGCAGAAGGUAUCAAGUUCGUUACUGGCACGGUCGUUGGUCCAGACCAGGAGGUAUCUCUCCAGUCUCUACAGAAGUCAAACAACGCGGUAGUCAUAGCUACCGGUGCUACCGUCGCGCGAGAUCUAAAGAUCCCAAACCGUGAUCUCGCGGGAAUUCAUUUUGCCAUGGAGUUCCUGCACCGUAACACCAAAUCCCUUCUUGACUCAGAACUAAAUGAUGGUGAGUACAUCUCAGCAAAAGGCAAAGAUGUUAUUGUCAUUGGUGGUGGUGAUACUGGCAACGAUUGUAUCGGAACAUCCGUCCGACAUGGAGCAAAAUCUGUCACAAACUUCGAGCUCCUUCCUCAGCCUCCUCAGGACCGUGCUCGCGAUAACCCAUGGCCACAGUGGCCCCGAAUCUACCGUAUAGAUUAUGGUCACAGCGAAGUCAAGACUCACAUGGGCAAAGACCCGCGAGAAUUCUGUGUCAUGUCGAAGGAGUUCGUUGGAGAUGAAAACGGUCAUGUCAAGGGUAUCAACAUUGUCCGAGUUGAGUGGACGAAGAGCCCUUCAGGUGGCUGGGAUAUGAAGACUGUCGAGGGCAGUGAGCAAUUCUUCCCGGCUGACCUUGUCCUCCUUUCAAUGGGUUUCCUGGGCCCUGAAGAUCGACUCCUGGGCGACGAGGUCGAGAGAGAUGCACGAAAGAAUAUCAAGACUCCCGCUGGCCACUACUCAACUAACAUCCCCGGCGUAUUUGCUGCUGGUGACUGUAGGCGUGGACAGUCGCUAAUUGUCUGGGGAAUCAAUGAAGGUCGACAGGCGGCUCGAGAGAUCGACUCAUAUCUUAUGGGAAGUACAUCCCAUCUUCCAGCCGCUGGCGGAAUUGUUCGCCGUCCAGCAAUUGAGGCUGUCCCCAAGGAGAUCCGAAUAGCCGCUGCAUAA